AUGUCAGUUUCAAGGCGAGGUCAGUACAUAUCAGAAGAGCCCACCGCUGUCAACUGCAGCUAUACGGACUGCGCUAAUGGUCGCUGUUUCGUUGAAAGUGGAGUGAAGCAAUGCAAAUGCCUGGACGGCUUUCUUCACGUGAACGGUACAUGUGUGCCGGAUUCGUGUCAGCAUACAUUCUGUUCAAAAAUUGGCCACGGAACCUGUGAAGAGAGUGAAGGUUUCGGGACGUGCCAUUGUGGAUCCGGUUUUGAGGAAAGUCGCUUCUGUGAGGUGGAAAACGCCGGCUGCCCAACUUGCGCUCCAGACCACACCUGUCUGCUCGUCAUCGGCCAGAAUGCAAACGCGGCACAGCACCAGUGCGCCUGUGCGAUGGGAGGAGUCGUCGGGAAAUGCCCAUGGGAUCCGUGUUGGGGCCGCAAUUGCGGUCCACAUGGGAAAUGUGUCCCAAAGAACGACACCAGGGUAGAGUACUCGUGUGAAUGUGAACCA